AUGCAUAAUCUAACCAUGCUAGUCCUCAUUGUUAGUGGAAUCGUGUUAUGCAUGGUAGACCCUUCAUAUUCCAAUACUUGCAACUGUCAUUGUGGCCAUACCUACUAUGGCGCCUCUACAGAUGACAGUUCCAAAGCUCCUUAUGGAUCAAAAGCUAAUCCGGGUUUUUCAUGUAAAGAUAUCAACACCAAUAAUGGAAAACAAAAUGGCAUUUAUUGGAUCAGGCUAACGGGUAUGAUACAAUAAGUAAAUAUUUACUAUUCACUCUGGCCAUUUUCUGUACGCGUAUGCUAUUAAAGUAACAGUCAACGUAACUGAUAUUAUGAUUAUAGUUUCAUGAUUUUCUUUAUUCAAAAAAAUGAUAAAAAUUUGCGUUUGACAACUCCCCAGUAAAGUAAUUCUUAAGUGAUAAUCAAAUGCAAAAUGCUUUAAUCCUUAUCAAAUUCUCUCAAAUAAUAGCGGAGCUCUCGCGCCGAAGCGCGCCAGCGGAGCAUCAUGGGUAAGAAAAUGAAGUAAAUCUACCCAUCCGAGAAAAUUGCCCGAGCAACCGUCCGUCCGCACCACAGACAUACCAAUGCAAAAUAACUCAAUCAACAGGUGUGGCAACCCAAAUGCAACUCGAGGUUAUUUUGGUGGGAAAUCGCAUAGCCACCGCCAUCUUGUAAAGCAGAGAUAACUAAAGAGCCUGAAUAAAGACUAAAACGGAAAGCGGAAAUUGUUUCUGUAUCCGUUUUGUCUAAAGUAUUUAGCUUAGAUUAAUUGUCAUGUCCACAAAUUUGGAAUGUAGAGCAGGAGAAAGACAGAAAGCUCAAAGAAAAAGGGCGUCAGAGAUCUAGAGCGAGAGAUAAAAAACAAAGGAGACAUUUUUCUGCUGGAAGAAUAACAUGAAAAUUUUGUAGCGGCGGACAAAAUGAAUGCAAGCGGCCACCAAUGUAAGGUGAUAAUGAGCGGCAGUGAAAAAAAAGUGAUCGAGAACACGUAUUCACGUUGUAGUCGUGCAAAACAACGGCAAAGAAAUGUACAAAAAAGUGUGCUGCACAAUCAAAGUUGCUUUUUUGCUAAUUAUACCUAUUGUUGUUUUUCACCGUUCUCCGGCGUUGCCUUCGCCGCUUAGCAUUACACGAUUUUAUAUUUUGUUUGAACAAACUAUAAAUAUCAUCGAAAGCUUCGCUUUUAACCCUGGCUGAAUCUAUAUAUUACUUUUAGGAAUUGAAUGGAGAUUUAUGUGAGGAAGGUUUCUAUAACAUUGCUUUGCACCCUACAUGAAAGAGUUGCCAGUCUAUUGCGGGGCUAGCCCAGGUAGUAUUUCCCAGGUCCCGUUGUUGAAACGUUGGAUAGCGCCAUCCAUCAUGUCAACCGGCUAAAUCCCUAUCCAGAGGAUAGGUAUUAAGGAAACUAAUUGUGUUACCACUAGAUAGAGAUUAAUCCAAUGGAUAGCGUUAUUCACCUUUAGAACAACCCCAGGGCGGGCCCAGGGUUAAAAUUUGAGACAUACUGGAAAACACUUCUUGUCUUAAAAGACACGGGCGUAAACCCGGACUGCUACACCUGUAAAUAUUUGAAGUUCGAGGUGUUUAAAACUGCUCAUCCACCGCACCAGAACUAACCAUUGCAUAAAACAUCUCUUAUACUUACAGAUGAUGAGAAGCCUUUCCCAGUAUACUGUGAUAUGGCCGCUGGAGGUAAGUAAUUCAGUUACAUCUUAAUUGAUUCGUUCAGCGAGAAAAUUGCAUUUCCGCGCCCGUGAAAUACCUAAAAGAACGCCGUCUCUAACAUGUAAAACAUAAUGUUAGUCUUAAUGAAAAUAUAAUUGGAAUUUGCAAAUAUCUAUAGACUGGGACGUGAAAACUAAAGUAUCCAAAAUAGAUAUCACUCUGCUUCCGGCGACUCGGAAAUGGGUGUUUUGCAUACAUAGUUGCGUAAAGUUGGUAAAUUCGAAGUAAAGUCUCGACCUUGUGGUGUGCCCGAAUAUUUUAAAUCCGGAAGAGUCUAAAGUGAAUACUCUGUAUCCGAAUGAAAGCUAUAAACUGUUAAAAAUUCAUACUUGGCUGUGAGGGCUAGGGGAAUAAAAGAAAAGAAAUCAUCUUAUUAGAGGCCCUGCCAGGGUAAAUUCCGACAAGCGACAUGACCCAAAAAGUAGCGACAGAGCCUAAAAUGAAAUGGCGACAAGCGACAACCUCCCGCUGCCAAAUUGCGACAGUGACGGCAAAGCCGAGAAUAUGCGACAAAGAACGGUGGUUUGGCUAAUUUAUCACCAGUCUGAAUGCCUAGAAGAAGUAAUUUUCGUCAAUUUUCCUUACGCUUCAGAGGUUGUCUCUCGUCAGGGAGUUUCAGUAGACCCUCCUGAGCGCGUCGCGUUGGCCCGUCGCGUAGUCUUCAUUUACGCAACCCCGCACAACUCCUGGGAGACCUUGGGACUAGGUUGUCUGUCAAAUAACUUAAUUUACGCUCGCUUUACAUCUCUUGUAAUCACUACUUUCAUAUAGGCCAUGACGCACCUUGUUUUCCCCCUCAGAAUUUUGCAUAACCAAUGUUUCCCAAUUCUCCAGGGUAUUACAGUCGUCCCAAGAGAAAUCGAAAACAAUGGUUAUGCAAAGUUUUGGGGGGUAAACAGGGUGAAUUAUGGUCUAUGUGAAAAUGGUGAAUACUUUGCUUGUUUCUGAACUUCUCAUAUCCUUGUCGACCUCUGUCGGACGAUGACGACGGUGGAGAGACCAGGGACUAGGUAACUUAAACACCGCACAGCGCAGACCACCGUUAACCGGCCUUCACGUACGAUUUAUCAGGUCAGUUAGUCUUAAAAUGUUGAACGUGGAUCACUUAGGGUGUGCUGACAGUGUUCCUUUAAGCGAAUCCAAAAACGGAUUUCUGAUCCGAGAUUUGCCGGAUUUCGCGGUCGAAAGGAACGUGAAAUCCGAAAUUGGAUUUGUGACCUUGGUAACCUUUCGCAAACGCGUGCAAUAUGCAUGACAGCCUGAGCCUCUCAAGAAAUGACAUGUUUUCUACUGUUUGACAAAUUAUGCGAUUAUACCGUGCAGAAUUUUGUGGUCGGCAGUUCGAAUAACGACGAUGGAACAUAAACAGAUCAAGAAAGUAGCGUGUUAAAGUUGAAAAUUAUCUAAAGGUUGUCGGCUCAGUUUGAUCCAGUUUCGUAGCUCGGUUUUCUAUGUAACACGAUCGAGUGCCUAUCGCGUCCAAGAGCGAGUUUGUAGAAAGAUAGCAGUUAUUUGUCCCUUUUAGUUAUUUGUGUUUUUAAGCAAUCUUUAGCGACAAAUGGUCAGCACAUGGACAUUUUACUGUACCACCAUGAACAAUCUUCUAGUGUUUUCAGAUGUUUUACGGCAAAUGGCAGCAAUUAGGAAACUCUACGGGAAUACUUCAACUGGAAGUACAGCUGGAUCAUCUGACUAAUUGCGAAUCCACUGUGAAUGGAACAGCGUAGAUGACUAAUCCGUUAAUCUGGAUUCGGAUUCUUCGGAUUUCAAAUCCAAUGUGAAUCCUUUUUCAAAAAGGAUUCACCAGAUCAAAAAUCUGAAUUUGGAUUUGCCGAAAGGAACGUGAAAUCCGUUUUAAGAUCCAAAUCCGUUUCUGGAUUCACCGAAAGGAACACACCCAUAAUUGUGAAUGGCGAUGUAUAGGUGUUCUAUACGCGAAAGGUUAACUGAGAAAUUGCUCAACUAUAAUGGUUUCUUUAAAACCCAUCGCUAUUCCCCUUUUCUAAAAUUCCGACAAAGACAAAGAAUUUUCGUUCAAUUUCCGACAGCGACGUGAAGCAUUAAUAAACACCGACACGAGACGUUUUAAAAUUCAGACGAGCGACAUGGGAGCCCCCCCUGGCAGGGCCUCUUAUUAGGCUCAGCAAUGAAUAGUACAUUUCGUUUGUAUUAUUCCCCCAAGCCUCGAAGCCAAGUAUGAAUUGUAAUACAUCAUGAUCAAAAUUGGUCUAUUCCUUUGUUCUUAAAGACUUUUGUUUCUUCUGCUAUUUAUAGGCUGGACUAUGGCGUUUAAGGCUGUGUCUGGAGUGAAUAAAAACGUGUAUAGUACAUACACAUCUGACCAGACAUAUUCUGAGAAAGUCUUUGUAGCUCUUGAAGUCACUAACAGGCACUUUAACCACUACAAAAACAGGAUCGUUUUAAAGUGGCAAGACAUUGGACCAACGGAGGUAUUACAUAUUUUAUUUUAUUUCUGCUGUAAUAUUGCAUUCAUAAAUCUGCCAGUAAAAUGCUCUAUAACCUGCAUGACAGACCGGGAACCCUCACAGGGUCUCAGAAGUUUCUGCAGCUUGCUCGUGGGCUACGAGAGAAUAUGUGGAAGCGUACGUGAAAGCGAGUGACCUGGAGCGUCUGAAUAUCAGACUACGCAGACGUUUGAUGGGGAAAGAAAAGGCGGCAAUUCGCGCGAGUACCUUCAUCCUCGUGCGUCGUUCGCGAUCUCGCGCGCCUUUAUCCCCCCUUGCCCUUUGCAGGGUAUUGAUGCCAUGUCUUCUCCAUUUGUCAUGCCGGAAAUUGCAUAUAAUGAUCCCGCAUUAAAUCAAAAUGACUUGCUGCAAAGAAAAUAUAAUUUAUGGUCAACAACUUAUAAAUGAUAUAAUUUCGUUUGCUUUUUGUUGGUUUGUUUGUUUGUUUCUGUCCCUACUUGCGUGUCUGACAAGGGCAAAGCAAUUAAUUUAGGAGUUUGCUUUACUUUCAAAGCUACUAAUAUAGAAUGAAGGCCUCGUCCAUACGAAUCUGCCGGGACAUAUUUAAACCACAUGGUGAUUUACCCCGAUUCGUGUGAACCGGGUCUCAAACCACUCUGGAUCGAGAACGGUUUCAAAAAUACGCGAUCUCGGUGAACAUAUUCACUGGUUUCGUGUGGACAGAAGCCCAUGCUAGCGCGCUGGUGUGGACGAAAGCCUAAAUUGUGUAAUAAUAUAAGCGGUUUCAAAAAUACUCGGAUUCAUGUGGAACAUGGCCUAAGAAUUCAGUUAAAUUCUAUUUUUGCUUGAUUUCCUAAAGGCGAGAGUUGUCCUGUAUAAAAUAGGAAAGCUGAUGAAGAAGUUGAAAUUCAACGCUAAGGGAUCAGACAAACUCAACUAG